AGUCGGGAACUGUGACAGAGAUAUCCUCCAGCAUGAAGCUCAGCAAUCUGGUGAUGGGAACUCUCAACUUUGUCACGGUGGUGCUUAGCAUCCCGAUCAUCGUCAUCGGUAUAUGGCUGGCCACGAACAGGGACUCGGACUGCAUGCACUUUCUCCAGCAGCCAACCAUCAGCAUUGGUGCUAUCAUCCUGGUGAUAUCCCUCGUGGGAUUUCUCGGCUCCUGCUACAGGGUCUCGUGGCUGCUGUGGAUCUACCUCUUUCUCAUGCUGCUACUCAUCCUUCUGCUCGUGUUCUUCACAGUGUUUACGUUCCUCGUCUCCAACCGCGGUGCCAGCCACGCCGUGGCCGGCACUGGCUUCUCCGAGUACCGGUUGGGAGACUACUCGGCCUGGCUGCAAAGCAAAGUUAGCAGCACAAGCAACUGGAGGAAGAUCAAGAGCUGCCUCCAGGACUCAAACGUCUGCCGAGGCAUGAACAGGUUCCACGACUCGGAGUCCUUUCAAAACGCUUCGCUCUCGCCGCUCGAGUCGGGCUGCUGCAAGCCUCCAAUAUCGUGCGGAUACAGCUACGAGAACGCGACACUCUGGGACGUGAGCCAGCAGUACGACUACGAUUCUUCUUCCAGCGAGGAAGACGAAGAAGAAUCGUCGUCCAACGUUUUCAUCGGCGAAGAUCCAGACUGCUCGACGUGGAGCAACAACCAGAACGAGCUUUGCUUCGACUGCAACUCUUGCCGAGCGGGGCUCCUGGCCAACAUCAAGCGCGACUGGCACAAAGUCGCCAUCGUCAACCUGGUGGUGCUCGUGUUCCUAAUCGUGGUUUAUUCGGUUGGAUGCUGCGCCUUCUACAACGCCAAGAGAGAAGGCUACUUCAACAGGCGGUGGAUCUUCUGAGUCUCAGCUAGCUCUUCCGAUUAUCUGGUAACUAUAGUUCUUGAAUUUCUUUGUCCCGAAGAGCUUCUUGACAAAAACGUACCUGUUUUCCAAAAACUUACGAGUCUCGGUGUUUUCACGCGACUUAUUGUUCCUCUUUCGAUGAGCUUGAACUUGAGCUUGGCUUUGGCUGGGGCUGUUCGUCUCGAGAACUUUGUGAAGAGGCUUCGUCUUUUUCUUCGGCUAGA